AUGGCGAAGGCAGAUGGCAGUUUGCUCUACUAUAAUCCUCACAAUCCACCCAGAAGGUAUUACUUCUACAUGGCUAUAUUCGCCGUUUCUGUCAUUUGCGUUUUGUACGGACCCUCACAACAAUUAUCAUCUCCAAAAAUAGACUAUGAUCCAUUGACGCUCCGAUCACUUGAUUUGAAGACUUUGGAAGCUCCUUCACAGUUGAGUCCAGGCACCGUAGAAGAUAAUCUUCGAAGACAAUUGGAGUUUCAUUUUCCUUACCGCAGUUACGAACCUUUUCCCCAACAUAUUUGGCAAACGUGGAAAGUUUCUCCCUCUGAUAGUUCCUUUCCGAAAAACUUCAAAGACUUAGGUGAAAGUUGGCUGCAAAGGUCCCCAAAUUAUGAUCAUUUUGUGAUACCCGAUGAUGCAGCAUGGGAACUUAUUCACCAUGAAUACGAACGUGUACCAGAAGUCUUGGAAGCUUUCCACCUGCUACCAGAGCCCAUUCUAAAGGCCGAUUUUUUCAGGUAUUUGAUUCUUUUUGCCCGUGGAGGACUGUAUGCUGACAUGGACACUAUGUUAUUAAAACCAAUAGAAUCGUGGCUGACUUUCAAUGAAACUAUUGGUGGAGUAAAAAACAAUGCUGGGUUGGUCAUUGGUAUUGAGGCUGAUCCUGAUAGACCUGAUUGGCACGACUGGUAUGCUAGAAGGAUACAAUUUUGCCAAUGGGCAAUUCAGUCCAAACGAGGACACCCAGCACUGCGUGAACUGAUUGUAAGAGUUGUCAGCACGACUUUACGGAAAGAGAAAAGCGGUUACUUGAACAUGGUGGAAGGAAAGGAUCGUGGAAGUGAUGUGAUGGACUGGACGGGUCCAGGAAUAUUUACAGACACUCUAUUUGAUUAUAUGACUAAUGUCAAUACAACAGGCCACUCAGGCCAAGGAAUUGGAGCUGGCUCAGCGUAUUACAAUGCCUUAUCGUUGGAAGAACGUGAUGCCCUCUCUGCCCGCCCGAACGGAGAGAUGUUAAAAGAGAAAGUCCCAGGUAAAUAUGCACAGCAGGUUGUUUUAUGGGAACAAUUUACCAACCUGCGCUCCCCCAAAUUAAUCGACGAUAUUCUUAUUCUUCCGAUCACCAGCUUCAGUCCAGGGAUUGGCCACAGUGGAGCUGGAGAUUUGAACCAUCACCUUGCAUAUAUUAGGCAUACAUUUGAAGGAAGUUGGAAGGACUAA